AUGUACAUAUUGGACUCAUUGAGUUUAACGAGAACAGCAGCAAUAACAACCAAACAACAAACAACAUUAAAGUCAACAACGUCUUUAUCAACAGCAUUUAAAAAGCAAGAACGCAUAGUUAACAAUUUAAAAGUAACACCAGCAACAACUACAAACGAUCCGUGUGAAAUGACAACAAAUAAAGACAAACAACUGCAACAACAGACAGAUCCACAACAGCAAAACCAACAACAACAAGAAAACAAAGUGGUUGAAAUCAUGAUUCAAAAGAAGCCGUCACCGUCACUGCAUAAAAUAAAAGAAAUGAUUAAAAAUAAUAAUGAAAAUCUUAAUGACGAACUAGCAAUGACAGCAAUUGAAAAUAAUACGACAAUUGCUGACAAUACAAUGCCCCAAGAACAACAACAAAAGAACGAAAACGACUACAAUAAAAAUGAAAAAAACAGUGCCACCGAAUGGGGUAAAGUACCUGCAACACACAACUGCAAAUGCCACCACAACUGUUACAGCUGCAGCGACACCAAUACCAAUAACGCCACCACCACCACCACCCAUCAAACCACCAACAUCAAUGCAUCCACUGCAACUGCUUUACCCACCACCGCCACCAGUGCCACAUUCAAAGCUUUGAAUGUUGAUGAAAACAAACAACGAGCAAAAGAAAUAAUGUUCACAAAUAUUCAAAAUAAUGUCAACCUUAAUACUUUUGUUUUACCACCAGCGGCAGCAACAAUAACAACAACUACAACACCGACAACAUUACAAAAUGUAAAUAGUAGUAAACGUAGUUGUUGCAGUUCUCAACCUGACAAUGGCAUGAGAGAUGUAGCCAGUAAAGGUAUGCUUCUUCCGCUACUGCCAUCUAAACGUAGUUGCAACACAAAUAACGACAGUGACUGUAUUAGUGCAACUUAUGAUGAUGAUGGUGGUGGUAGUUUUUGUCACAAUAGUAACAACAAGAACAAUAAUAAUAAUCAUAAUAACAACAACGAAAACAAAAACAACAACAACAGCAGCAGCAAUAAUAAUAACAAUAAUAUUAUUUUGAAUACAAACAGUUUUGUAACGCUUGAGUUCUCUCGCUUAGCAUGCGAGAAUGAGCGCGAACAAGAAACACGAAAACAAAUACAAAACGGACAUGAAAAAACCAGUGGGAAUAUGGCUGCUACCACCGAUAACAUGGCUGAAUUAUCGCAGUUUUUGGGAGAGCAAGAAUGUUUCUCUCCUUUUUCUGACAGCGAUAGAUUUGAAGACCCAAUUGCAAAUGUGGUCGACAACAAUGUUGUAGCAUUUGAUAGUCCGGUGGACAGUGUUUUGGAGAAUUUUGAAAAAUUCUUGAAUGCAGUCAAGUUAGAAAAUCAGAAUUUAAAUCAAACUGUACCCGAAUGUGAUGAUUUAAUUGAUUUGAGAGAUAACUCAAGUAGUUUAAAUGAUAGGCAAGAAAAUGUGAUACUACAUGAUAAAUGCAACAAAUUAGAACGUAAUGAAACCUCUUUGAAUGCACUACUUAGUGACAAAUGUGAAAACAUUAAUUCAAUUCAAAAUCAUCAACAACAAACUUGUUCAGACGACCAAAUACAUGUCAACAACAAUGUUGAAAAGCAGAGCAAUUUUGAAAAUCUCCUCUAUUGUGAUUUAAAUGAAACGUUAGAGGAACAAAACUUAUUACAGAGCAAAGAGAUUUUAGAAUUAACAACAGCUGAAUUGACACAAACCGAAACAGUGGCAACAGCAAAAAUAAUAAAAACAUUUAAUACUGAAGUGAAUGAAAGGCAGAGAGCUGGCGACGGCGAUGACGACCAACCCAUACCCAUUCCCAUACACGAACACAAUACAAACAUUCUGAUGGUGGAUGAGGUGAAUGAAACGACAACGAAAACACCAGUUACGUGUAUAAAUGUUUAUUCGAAUUACAACAGCAACGACGAAAACAGUAAAAAUAACAGUAAAGAGCAGCACGAGACAUGCGCUGUACUACUACGAAAAGAGACGUGUCAAAAUCCAAACAGUUGUAGUGUCAGAACAGUGACAGCAGCAAAAACAAACACAACAACAACAACUAGAGUGCCAUUAGAAAAUAUUGAAACAAGUAGAAUUUGCUCAUCGCCAUCGAUCGAAAACAUUUCACCACAAACACAAAACAAAAUCCAAAUAAGUCACAAUCACAGUCAGAGUCAGAGUGCCAACACUAACAAUACUGCUGCUGUUGGCUCAUCUACUGCUUCCACAUCCUGCUGCUCUACGACAAAUACACAAAAACACACUCUCAAAAACACACAAACUGCCAUCGCUGAGCAUAAAAAUAAUUGCCACCAUUCGCAGCAACAACAACAUCAGCUACAAAAACAUGAAGCACGAAUACGAGACCAGUUCACCAGUGCGUAUACGUUAAGGGAUUUUGCAAAAUGUCUAAAACCAUCAGCAGACGAGGACAUCAUAUACACAUUGAAUUUUACACAAAAUGAAAAUGAAAAAGAAAAAUUGCAAAAAUUCAAUUCCAAUUCCAAUUUAAAUUCAAACAAACAACAAGACAAUACAAACGAAAGUGUCUCAAGUGCAAUAAAAUCAAUAGAAAAUUGUGAUUUCAGUGAAGAGCAAGUGAAUUUUAAUGAAAAUCCUAAAAUAAUCAAAGAAAUUAAUUUAUAUAAUAAAGUUUUCAACUCAAAUGAUAUUUUAAAGGCCCACAAUGAUGGCAUUAAUCAUUCGCUCAGAGGCCAGACAUCUUUUCCAUUAGAAGUUGUAACCAAUAGUGGAUUAAAUUGUAAAAAGUUUUUAGAAAAUCAAGAAAUUGUGAAAUUAAAGGAUACACAAUUUUUGGAAAUUGAAAAUUUGUCAACACCUAAAUUUUCGAAUUCAACAAACCAACCAGAGCUAGACGCCCAAAGGGCAGACCUAAAGGAGAGCAAAGAGUCGAAGGCAGUCACAUUUCAACAAAAUUUGUGUGAAAAUUCGAGACAGAAUUUUGAAAAUAUCGAGGAUUUCGAUAAUUAUAAUGAAUUGAAAUUUGAUUGUAAUGAAAAAAUCUAUACUAGAGAAAAGAAUUCCCAACCAUUGUUGUAUUUAACGUUUGUAUGGCCAACAAAAAACGAAGGCCAGGUGGUGACGACGAGACGACAAGGUAACGACGACCAAGGGGAAAACGAAUCAGAAGAAGCAGAAAAAGAGCAUAGUAUAUUUAACAGACAAUACAGCAGCAACAACAAAAAUGUUGAUGAUGAAUGUGACUGUAACUGUGAAUUUGCGAGCAGAAUAUUAGAGAAAACAUAUGGAACCUGUAACAAAAAGCAUGUUGGGGGCUGCCAAAAAGGACGACAGCGAAAACCAGUAGAAAGAGAAACACAAGAAAACUUCAAUGAUAAUAAUGAUGAUGAUGAUUGUGUUGGUGAUGGUGAUUUAUUUGAACAAAGAAACCUAAUAGAUAAACAAAAACGCAAACACAAAAAUCAAUGUCUACACACAACCGAAACGAACCAAAGUGAACAAGUAAAAAAUAACAAAUAUUUUCAACAAAUCCACGAAAAGCUAAAAACAAAUAAAAGUGCUUCAAACAGUGAAAACGAUUGCAGCAAAGUAAAGAAUAAAGAAAUUAAAGAAAAUUUUGAAAAUAAUAUAAAAAGUGUAACCGAAAUAAAUGAAAUUAAAGAAAUUGAUGAAGAAUUUGUGAAACAGGAAUUAUUUAAUGCUAAUUCCAGCUCCAAAAAAGUAACCCCAACAAGUGAAAAAUGUGUAUUACAAAGUGAAAAGCCACAGAAUAUUACAACUGUUGGCCAUGUUAGUGAAGAAAAUGAGAAUAAUUUUCAAAUAAAAUCCCUGGCGAUAGACAUAAAUCGCAAUAAUCCCAAUUUGAAUAAAACGGAAAGUGUAUACAAUCAAGAUAACGGUAAAAAUAUACUUAACCUCAAUAGGGGUCUUAAAAGAUUAAACGAAACAAACCAAAACAUUAAUAACAAUCAACUAUUACUACAUGCAACACAUACUCCAAUUGUUAGUAGUGGCAACAACAACAACCAUCAUCACAACCACCAUCAACAACAACAACAUUAUCACAAUCAGUUGCUGAUAGAGAAGGAGGAAGAGGACCAGUUAAAUCUAGAGGAAUUUGAAGCUAGUCAACGUUUAAAACGUUUACUACAUCAACAUCAACAAUUCCGUACACGUUACGAUACAAUACCAAUACCAACAACAACAACCACAACCCAAUUCGAUAACUAUAAACAAACUAAUGCAAUAACAACAACAACAACUACAACAACAGCUGAAGAAUCCUUGAAAACAGAAAUAGCAAGACAUUCAAAGGAGCUACCAAAGGGCAAUUUAUUUAUUCCAAACAGCAAUCGAGAGGGGGUGGUUAAUACAAAUACAGUAGCUACGAUUUCGACUACGGCUACAACUACAGCGACAACAACGACGAAGGCAAAGUCGAAGACGAAGGCUAACAAACUUCAAGCAGACUGUGAAACAACUUUAGAAAGGUCGUCAUUAUUACAAGCAAACGAACACAAACAAAAGAUAAUUGAAAUUAAUACAAAUCCAAAGGAACAAAAGGCGAAUUCAAACUUAAAGAAGGAACAAGUAGACGUUAACGAAGUAGACGAAGGCAAACACGACGAAGCAAAGGAUACAGAGAAACCAAAAAUUGGCAAUAGAGUCGAUAAAAUCGAAAUAAACGUAUCAAAUAACAAAGAGACACAAGAAAACGUUAACGAAAGCCAGCAAAAUUCACCACUGGCAUAUGUCAGCAAGAAAAUAGUGCGCCUGUCACAACAACAACCUCGAAUUCAACAACGUUCUCAAUUCUACGCAAAUCCUUUAGCAGAACUUGACUUAAAAGAUAAACAAGAGAAGAAACAGCAACAAAGAGUUAUUGUUAUUGAAAAUUCCUCAAAUUUAAACUUUCCCAUUGAAAAUAUUAACAAAACGGAAAUUUCCCAAAAAACAUCACCUUCAAAACUUUGUAAUUUAAAUUUACAACACAUUGUAAAAACAAAACAACUACUGCAGCAGCAGCAACAACAGCAAGAAGAAGACAUUUUAAUACAAACUCAAACAAAAAGUUGUUCGCCACCACCACCAGCAGCAGCAGCACUACCAACAUCGGAUUCCCAAAUAAAUGAAUAUAAAAGUGCGUUUGUGGCCACGAAACCGGAAAUAUAUAAAUCUAUUAAACCCUUAACAGGAACAGCCGGGAAUUUAACAACAUUAGCAACAGCAACAACAACAAUUCCCCUUAUUCCGGCUACUGCCUCACUAUCAGAAUUUGAUACACAACGGUUCAGUGAUUUUUUACUUUUAAAUCAUUUAUCAACUUCCCUCAACAACAACAACUACAAUAACAACUAUAACGAAAACAACAACACCACUAAACGUCAAAUAACACACGUGUUGCCAACCCAACAACAACAACUACUACAACAGCAGUAUCAACAAUAUCCGUUAUAUGCAACAAAUUUAGCUGAUCCAAAUGAAUUUCCACCCUACUGCUAUGAUGAACUAUUUCUAAACGAAACCCAACAACAGUUGAAGCACUACGAAACAUUUAAUGCUGCCAACACUAACGCUAUCGCAGUAACAACAGCAACACCUACAACUACAACCAAAGUCGCUAGCAGCGACGUUCCUGAACUAGAUGACGAUUUAGUAUCAAUAAGUUCGACUAACUCGUCACCGUGCGAUUGUAUUAAUUGCCAACAGCAAACGGAACAAGAAAUAGAUCGUGAUCGUCUAAUUUCAUUUGACACAAACGUGAUACCCGCAGUAUCACUAAACGAAACAGAAGCCGCUGUCUUACAGCAACAUCAACAAGAACAACAACAACAGACAACAUUCAAAAUGCGUGAAGUUAACGGUCAAUUGCGCGGUUUACUCAAGAAACCAAAUCGUCCGCCUCCUACACGUAAAAAUCGUGUCGUGUUCGAUGAGACGCGUAAUGAAUUUUUCGAAGCCGAUUAUAUUAUUUUGAUACGCGAGGAUUGUGCCUACGACGAGGAAGACGAAGAGCCCUGCACGUGCGGCGAACAUGAAUUGGUGCGUUUGUGCUGUGAGGAGGGCUGUCAAUGUAACUAUUCGACAGCACCGGCCACAACAGAUGACAAUCGUACGCCACAGAGUCCUAAAUAUGCACCACCCAUUGAGUUUGUUGACGAGGCUGCUCUAAGUCCUCCCGACGGCUAUAAAGAUAAUGGCUUGAAAAAUACACUUGGUGGUGCUUUGAGCGGACACAUCUUUGGUGCUCAACACCUACAGCAAUUGCAAGUUAUACAACGUUUGCAACAGCAACGUGCAGCCAUGCUGGCAGCUCGUAAUAAUUCACAAAUCCCGCCUCCACCACCACCAGCUACUGCUACCACAGCAUCAUCAGCUGCAUCUGUAAAUCAACAAUCAUCAACGGCAUCAUCAACAUCCUCCACAUCCUCACCACUGACAUCGUCGUCAUCAUCAUCAACACCAUCAUCCACAGCUGCAGUCGUUGCAACAACAGUUGCCAGCAACAGUAAUAUGAACCAAACUGCUGCAAUACAACAACAGCAUUCGCCAGAUGACGAUAAUCAGGGAGUGUGUACUGAGUGUGCCGAAUGUGCAGAGUGUGCGGCCAAACAAUUACAGCAGGAUACAGAAUGCAAUUCUCCCCAAUGUCAAGAGGAACUGACCGCACCUUUGAGUGUGCCAGCUGUUGCUCUAUUGCCCAUACACACCAGUUCACCAGAACGUCGUAUGACACAGAAGGAAAUCAUAGCUGGCGAAGAGCGUCCCCGUUAUGUUCUGCAGGCACAAUAUAAAUCAUCACCAGUGUCAGAAAGGCGUAUUGUACGUGAGGCCACAGAGGAUUUGGCAACCAACGCAGCGGGUUCUCCGGCCACCACAGCGACAGCAUCUGGAUCAGCAGCAUCCGCCACUGCAUUGUCAGCAGGUGGUGAUAGUGAUUUAUUGCCACCUGCAUUGCCAGCCAAACCGGGAGCAAUGUCCAUCAACAAUGAUUCGUCAGACUCGGAGAAACCACCUCCCAUACCACCAAAAGAAUCCUCCUCACCCACUACCCAGAUUAGCGGCAUUUUAAAGGGUGGCAAACUAUGGAAACAAGAUUCCAUUUCACAGCAGUCUGAUGACCAAAAUAACACCACCUCCGAAGAUGAGGCUGGUUCUACUUCGAAUGGCACCAUGAAACGUUCAGUGCGCUUUGUCACCGAAGAAGCUAGCAACGAUGAAGUCGAUGGCCAAUCAUCGAACGUAGAUGAGGAUAAUCAAAUUAACGAACUAAUACCGAUUAAAAAGCAUUCAACCCUCUUUAAAAAUGCUUUGCGGCCCAAUUCGGCUGUACAACAGCUGUUUCCUAGUACGGCAUCGCAUCAAACUCUCACCUCGGAGGCAUUACGUGCUUUUGAUGAGUCUAAACGAGCUGGUUGUUUGGUGUCGACACUACCUGGCAGUGCUGGUGAUUCGGAUACACUAAGACGCAGCAUGGAAAGAAAUAUUUUGAGACGUUCAUUAAUUAAGAAAAAGGCCGUUAAAUCGGAUAUAUCAUUGGAAGAUCGUAUCAAACAACUUACAUGUGGCAUUGAUGAGGAUAACGAUGAGUCGGCACUAGAAAAUGGUGAUGACGAUAAUAACAAAAUUGAAGACAAUGCCGAACUAUCGCAUCGCGAUAGCCCGGCUGGUGAAGAAAAUCCACAGAAAUUCACUGCUAAUGGCAACAAUAGUGACAAGAGUUUCUCGCCCAACUCUUCGGUCUCAAGUUCAUCGAGCGGUUCAUCGGCUUAUAAGAAAAUAACGGAGAUUUUCAAUCGUGAAAAGAAGAAUCAGGAGAAAAUUAUGGAAAUGGAAGAGAAUCCUAUCGUUAUAAUACCUCAGGAAUGUCGUUGUCCUGCUGCUCCUGAUUUAGGUAUGGGUGUUCAGGUGCCUGUUGUGCAUACACAAAUUCAUCGUACUCCUCCCCGACAAACGGAACCAAAACGUCAAUUCCUUUCCACCUUGGCGCCUCUGACUGCAUGUGUGGCUGGUAAUAAGGAUGACUUGUCUUCAUAUUACACAUUGGCUGCUGCUCAUCACAACCAGGCUGCACAGAAUGCCCAUGCGGCUGAAUACAAUUUAGCCGCUAUGAUGGCUGGUGAACAAAAUUCUACAGGAAUCUCACAAAGUACGGGUGAUGAGGUACGAAAAGUAGCUCCAGAUGUUAUCGCUGGCACACCGGGACAAGAGCAACAAGAUGAACUGGCCGCUUUUGCCCAGCAAGAAGCCAAUCGUACGGAAAAAAUCAAGAAACGUUAUGGCAACGAACCAGCUAAUGUCAAAGAGAACAACAAAGAAGUCAACUCGGACGAUGACGAGGGCAAUGACUACGGCUUUAAUAAGCGUCCCUCUGUGCGGGGCAUUAAACCGAAAUUCAGUUCGACCAAUGAAAUUUUGCAACAAAUGCAGGACCAACUUUCGCAACAGAUGCCUAGUGUGGCACAUUCCCAGCCUCUGCCACAACCCAUGAAGAGCUAUACCUUGCCCAAACAAUCUAGUGCUAGUGCCAUGACCAAGCAGUUGUCUCAACAACAGCCGUCUCCACAAAAUGUUCCCCACCCAGUUGUGGCCACGUCACAGCAACAGCUGCCGCAACAACAGCAAAUGUGCAAUGCCGUUGCUCCUCCAGCGGCCAUGCAAAUGCCAGCCAAUGCUGCCAUUGCACAGCAGCAAACUGAGCAACGCACUUGGAGUUUCUACAGCGAAACUGGCGGAGCUGGUGAGCAACAACGUCUUCCCGUCGAAAGUUCAGCAGCCGCAAUGCAACAGACCUACUAUCAAACUCUACCGGCUGGUGCAAUGUUCCGCCAUACAAUGAUACAUCAGCAGCACGGUCCCGAAGAAGCUAUGCUCUAUGCCCAGAACUGUCAGGCAAUGGCCACAACCAUUGAACCCCAGCCACAUUACGGUCACUAUGCCCGAAGCCCAACCCGUCGACCCGAAUCCCCACCUCCACUACGCAAUUAUCAUCAGACCAUGGUACUGAUUCCCUACAAUGCCGAAACUUACUCACAAUUCGCCGCCACCAACAUGGAUCCCAAAGUGGCUCACAUACAGCGUCAGAAUAUUUUGGAAUACCAACAGGUAGGCGAAAUGACACAAGUAACACAACAAACUAUACGUGUUCCGAUUGGUUAUGCUUUACCCGGCAUGCAACUGCAUGUUGUAGCGGGACGUGGACAUGCCGCACAGUAUGCGACAGCCGCUGCUGCUCAGACACACCAUCAUCAGCACCAACGUAUCAUGACACAACGCUACCAGUUUGCCCAAGAGGCAAGUAUGGCGGGUUUCAGUGAACGAGGAGUGCCCGAAGGGGCAGCAGCUGUCUCACACAGCGAUUGCUCAAGUAGUGGCAUGGUAUCACCAACCACUGGCCAACAAAUGGCAAUGCAGCAACAGCAGCAACAACAACACCAGCUACAACAAGGUGCUCAGAUGGCUCAACAACAACAGCAGCAGCAGCAACAACAACAGCAGCAGAUAAAUUGUCAACAACAACAGCAGCAACCGCAACCUCAAACACAAAAUAAUAUGCAGUCGGCAGCGCAGGGUUCCGUGUAUUACGCCAUGAAUGUAUGACCCACAGUUGAUUAGUCUAUGUCAACGGCGAUUAUAGUCGAACGCCGCCAAUGCCAACGUGUAGAGAUGUCCUCGACAUCAGUACAAUUGAGUACGCGGUAGAGUGAGAUUAAUUAAGAAAUUAAA